AUGACUGAACAUCGCACUCUGAACAAAAGACUACCUAUCCCUCCCUUACAGGAUACACUGGACAGAUUUUUAGCUAGAAUUGAACCGUUACAAGAUGAGAGACAGAACAAAAGGACGAGGAAGAUUGUGAAUUCCCCUGAAAAUAUCGAUCUUUUGACAACUCUGCAUCAAAGACUGCUAGAAUAUGAUGAAAAUUUGGCGAAAUUGAAACCUGAAUCGUCAUUCAUCGAGCAAUUUUGGUAUGAUUCAUAUUUGGAAUAUGAUGCUUCCGUGGUUUUAAAUGUGAACCCAUUUUUCCAAUUACAAGAUGACCCAACAAUAGGAACAGAAGCUGAUAUUGGAUCUGGUCCAUAUGGUGAACAUACAUUACAAAUUAAACGUACUUCCAAAUUAGUCAUCUCCAUUUUGAAAUUUAUCAAACAAAUUCGUCACAAGACCUUAAAACCAGAUAAGGUUCGUGGUGGAGCCACUUUAUCAAUGGAUCAGUACGAGAAACUAUUCGGUUCCAGUAGAAUUCCACCGGGGCCUAAUGAAGAAUCAUGCCAUUUACAAACCGACGAAACUUCACAUCAUGUGAUAAUUCUAUACAAGUCUCAAUUCUAUUGGUUUGAUGUCCUAGACGUCAAUAAUGAACCUAUUUUUGAAACCCCUGAAGAAUUAGAAUGGAACUUAUAUUCUAUCAUUAUGGAUGUGGAGAAACAAAAAAGACACCACGAUUCUAUCGAUGAAGUCCCCUUCGGUGUAUUUACCACAGAGAGUAGAAGAGUUUGGUCAAAUAUUAGAGAUUAUAUCUUUCAUGCUUCAGACGCUACUAAUUGGAAAAACUUAAAAUUGAUUGAUAGUGCCCUAUUUGUCAUUUGUCUAGAUGAUGUUGCAUUUAAUGACGAUGAAGAGGAAGAAUUAGCUAAAUCUAUGCUUUGUGGUACUUCCAAAGUGCAACUAGAUUUGAAGAAAUCAAUUGUUCCGUUGAAUAUUCAAAGCGGUACCUGUUUGAAUCGAUGGUAUGAUAAGCUACAAUUGAUCAUCACAAAGAAUGCCAAGGCUGGCUUUAAUUUUGAACAUACUGGUGUGGAUGGUCACACUGUAUUAAGACUAGCCACUGAUAUAUACACUGACUCCAUUUUAAGUUUUGCUCGUAAUAUUACCAAGAAUGUUCCAGAUAUCUUUGCAUCCAAGAAACUUUGUUCCCCUGAAGAUUGUAAAAACUUUGACCUGAAUCAUCACCACUCUCUAGAUGUUAAAUACAACGCUAAUUUAAUUACAAUCCCAAGAAAAUUGGAAUGGAAGAUUGAUAAAUUUUUAUUAUCAUCCUUACAUUUUGCUGAAACUAGAAUUUCAGAUUUAAUUUCUCAAUAUGAAUUUGUCACAUUGGAUUUUGAAAAAUACGGUGCCACACAUAUUAAAUCCAUCUUCAAAUGUUCACCAGAUGCUUUCACUCAACAAAUCUUCCAAGUGGCAUAUUAUGCUCUUUACGGUAAGUUCGAGACUACAUACGAACCAGCAAUGACCAAGAUUUUCCAGAAUGGUAGAACUGAAGCCAUCAGAUCGGUAACACCACAAUCUAAGAAAUUUGUCAAGUUUCUCUUUGAUCGAAACGCAACCGAUGAAGAUCGUCAAAAAUUCUUACAAGAAUCAUGUAAGGAACAUUCAAAAAUCACUAGAGAAUGUUCUAUGGGACUAGGGCAAGAUCGUCAUUUAUAUGCAAUGAAAUGUGUUUGGAACGAAUGGUACAAGGAUACCUUACCGCUGCCACCAAUAUAUAAUGAUAGAUCAUGGUCAUUAUUAAACACCAAUGUGCUAAGUACUUCCAAUUGUGGUAACCCAUGUUUGAAGAACUUUGGGUUUGGUCCCGUGACAGCAAAUGGGUUUGGUAUUGGUUAUGUUAUCCGUGAUAACUCCAUUUCUGUGGUGGUGUCAUCCAGACAUAGACAAACUCAUAGAUUUGUGUCUUUGAUAGAAAAAUCAUUCUUAGAGAUGGAUCACGUUUAUGGUAGAAACCCACAACCGGAAGAGAAUUAUUUAAUUGGCAUGAGAGAAAACCCAAGUCAAAUGGCCCCAACUAAAUCUGAAGACUUGAGGUUCUUGCUUUCGGGUUAUGACUACUUCGAUGUCAGUGUAUCCGGUUGA